AUGAAUUCAAAGCCAUCAAUAUUAAAAUAUACUAAAUUAGUAAAGAAAAUUGUACAGGAGACAAUUCUGAGAGAUACUAGACUAAUGCUCACCGUAAUAUUCACUGUGGUAUUAAAUUUUGUUGCUGCCUACUACACAGUAAUGGCAACCUUAGCAUUCUCAAAUUUAGCCAAUAAUUUUAAUACAGUUAAAUUCUUUGAUAUCUUAAAAGAUUUUCUAAGAAUUUCCAUGAUAGCAGCAAUAGUUGAUUAUGUACCAUCAGCAGUAUUUACUUAUUAUCUUCAGGUAAUUUGGAGAAGAAGAUUUGUUAUAUCUUUAAGAGAAGCAUUACAUUUAAAUCAUAGAAAUUUUAAUUUAAAAACACCAGGAGAAAUUCAAUAUUGA